AUGGCUGAGGAGAAUUUAACUUUUACGGAAGCAAGAAAUUUAAAUAAAACAUCAUAUGCUUCAACGUUAAAAAUUAACAAUAAAUUUCAAGCUUUAUCUCAUUUAUCAGAGGAAGAAUUUCCCCCUUUGCCCACACGAAGGCCUAAUAUCAAAAAUCCCAGACAACCUUUUUCAUCUCAAUCAACUAGUUCUACUAACGUACAAAGAGGGCGAAAUCACAACGCUUCAACUCAAAUCGAGUCAGGUAACAAAAAGCGAAAAGCCACAUCUCCCAUUCAAAUAUCAAAUCCCCCUCCAAUGUUCCCAUUUAAUUUUGGACCCGAGAAACCUAUAAAUAUGCCAUCUAGAGACAAUUUUGAAUCUGAUAUGUCAGACGAAUUCAUUAAGGGAUUUUUCACGGUCUUUCAGAAAGUACUAAGUGAAGUAAAAUCUUUUGAAGAACUUUCAACCAUUGAUGACUGGACAUUACAAAUUAAGUUCGUGCAGCAAAGAGAUGCCGGCUUGUACGAGUGCCAAGUUUCCUCUCAUCCGCCCAUUAGCAUCUUUAUUCAGCUAAAUGUAGUUGAUGCGAAAGGUGAAAUACAGGGACCUUUAGAAAAGUAUCUGAAGCCAGGAUCCGGUCUUAGGCUUCAAUGUACAAUUCUGCAAAGCACCGAGCCCCCUUCAUAUGUAUUCUGGUACCACAACAAUCGUAUGAUCAACUACGACGCAGAUCAAGGCAUUAACGUCACAACAGAUCUAUCAGAAAAAAUGAGUAUAUUAACAAUAACCAAUGCUGCGACACGUCAUUCUGGAAAUUAUUCAUGUGUCCCCAGCAACGCGCAGCCUGCUAGUACUUACGUUCAUAUUCUUAAUGGUAAGUCUACUUAG